AUGCCAGACGAUACCAACGCUGGAGACAGCCUUCCGAGCGGCUCACAUCCCUCUGCACAGCCCGAGCCCGCCGCAAGGUUCCAGUCAUACUCAGAGUAUCUGGCGCGUCUAGAUCGGUUGGAUGGAUCUUCUUCCCGGUGCUUCUUAGAGCCUUCUGAGCAACGACUGUGGCUAGCAAGCUUCACCGACGACGGUCGCUAUAUCAAACGAUACACCUGCAACUUUCAACCUCUCAACACGCCAACGAAUCCACCAGCCGUAGACGCGGAAGGUAUCAGGCCUGACACCACAGCCCUGUUGCCUUCUGACUUUCGAACCUUGCUGCAAACGACGGACGAGAACGUGCAUUACAGGAUAGUCAUAGCAGUGACAAACUUUGGAGUACCUUCCCGCAGUAUGCAAACUGUCCUCGGUCUUGGCCUGGAUCUAGAGCCGGAGAUUUUCGAUUACGUAUUGAGUACUCUAAAGGUCCCAAAGAGCAUGCCAGCGAACAUGUUUCCUCUACCGUGGGUCAAAGAUGCCCCUGCUUUACGUAUAGGCAGCGAUGUUUUGUGCAUCUUGAGGAACACACCGAAGAGAACAUCAAAGACUGCAAUCAUAUUUCUGGAAGACAAUGACUAUUCAGAACUCCCACCACGAAACUCCCUCGGGUCCACGAUGUUUUCGUCCAAGAGACCGUCACAAAUGGAAGAGAGAUCCGAUCAGGGUUCUAAUCGUCGUCCCCGUUACUAUCGUAAAUCGCUCGUUGAGCGAUAUAUCAAUGAAGCGAUAGAGUCGAAAUCCCAAUUCGGAUCCGGUAAUUUCCUUUAUGUCUGCCUAGCUGCCUUGCUAGAGCUUCAUCUUUCUACUGCGCCCACGAAUAUUUUUCAGUUCGGAAACUUUCAUUGGCAUCGGGGAGUGAUGUGUAAAUACCGUAGAAAUCAUGUAGCGGUGCCCAAUGAGCCUCUUGCUGUCGGUGAUUUUCCAGACAUGGGGUGGAGCAAGUUGAGAACGGAGCUCGACCAUCAGCGACAUACACUCCGAUGGAUGACUCGCUUCUUCAAAAAACACCUCGAUUACAAGAACAGAGAUCUUCAAGCAGCAUUCAAAGAGAUGAGGGAACGCUUCAAGCUUCGAGUACAAGAUCUUGAGCAAGCUGAAUCACAGCUCAGAGAUGAGCUAGCGAGUGAAGGCAUAGAUAGGAGUAUCCGCAUGGCAGAGAUGAGCAUCCGCGAGAGUAAAAGGGUUAUGCUAUUGACGGCCCUGGCAUUCAUUUUUCUACCGAUAUCGCUCGCUUCUUCGGUAUAUGGAAUGAGUCAAAUCACUAAAUUCGAAACCCUCAAUGGCGACUUCAAAUCAAUCUUCCCCUCUGCCGCCAAGUUCUCAAGCGUCAGACUGGGACUCUUUCUGGGCAGACAAAAAACAACCUGGAAUUGCGGAGGCUCUAAUCCCGCAUUCAUCGAUUUUCUGCGCGCCCCAUCUAACCCUCCAAUCUCACCCAACGCCAAUCCUACGCCUGGUGCGCCGGAAUCCGGUGUCUAUGAACACACGGAGGACGUACAAUUGCCAGCACCAGUCAAAGAGGACGAUACUGGGCGGAAGGCGCUAGUACCUGAGUGUGGGACGGGGCACGAUGUAGCGCUGUUGGCGAGUUGGGGUCAAGGACGAGAAGAUUGGGGAGGUAACGUGCAGUGUUUGCCUGGUGAUUAUUUCGAUGAUGCGUGGAUGCGCGAAGCUGGCGGUGUAGAAGGAUUCGACCUCAUCUAUGAUCAUACGUUCUUGUGUGCCCUCCCGCCGUCACUUCGACUACGCUGGGCAGCACGAACAAAGUCUUUACUUUCCCCUACUGGUAUCCUCGUCUGCAUGGAAUUUCCCACGCACAAGCCUGCAUCUGCGGGUGGCCCGCCAUGGUCGCUCCCGCCUACCGUUCAUGUGGAGCUGCUCAAGCGACCAGAAGAGGAAUCGACGUAUGACCACGAUGGCGUGGUAGCCACCACAGGUAGAGACGAGAGCGAAGAUGCUCUGUUGCGGAUUGCACACUGGACGCCGAAGAGGUCACAUACUGUAAUAGAAGGUAUCGUCAGAUGCUGUAGAGAGAUGCCGCAGCCCGCCAACGGCAGGCUCCAUGACGAGCACACCCCGCUCAUCGGCCGCACUCAGAACUACGAGGAUGAGUCGCGCGUCAAGACUAUCCCCAAGCACGUCUUGCAUCUCAUCUAUGCGACACUCGCUAGCAACUAUGUCAACGUCUUCCUCGUCUUCGUACCGCUCGGCAUCAUCGCUGGCGCAUUGCACUGGAACCCGACCGUCGUCUUCGUCCUCAACUUCAUCGCCAUCAUUCCUCUUGCAGCACUCUUGAGUUUUGCGACCGAGGAGCUCUCCGCUAAGCUUGGUCAAACUCUAGGAGGGUUGAUGAACGCGACCUUUGGAAAUGCCGUCGAACUUAUUGUCUCUAUCGUUGCGCUCAAGCAGGGCGAAAUCAGAAUCGUCCAAGCCAGUAUGCUGGGCAGUAUUCUGUCCAACAUCCUUCUCGUGCUCGGAUGCUGCUUCCUUGCUGCUGGUCUCACCCAGCACGAAAGCCGUUUCAACGAGACCGUCGCAUCUACCAUGUCUUCACUCAUGGCCGUCGCAUCCGCCUCGCUCAUCGUCCCUGCUACCCUCUACGCAGUUAUGCACGGCGACAACAAGAAGGACAACCUCGAGACUGACAAGAACAUUCUUGUUCUCUCCCACGGCACUGCCAUCAUCCUGCUCAUUCUCUACAUCCUAUACCUUUACUUCCAGCUCUACUCGCACCACAGCCUUUUUGCCGACGUCGAGAACCAAGAAGGUGGCGACAACGAGGAGGAAGCCCAGAUCUUGUCGCCCGUCGCUGCUGGUGUCGCAUUGGUCAUUGUAACCGUCCUCGUCGCCGUCUGCGCCGAAUUCCUUGUCGACAGCAUCGAUUCCAUUGUCGAAUCCGCACACAUCAGCAAAACAUUUGUCGGUCUGGUCCUGAUCCCUAUUGUCGGAAAUGCUGCCGAGCAUGUCACCGCCGUCAUCGUCGCAUACAAGGGCAAGAUGGAUCUCGCUAUUAACGUCGCCAUCGGAUCUUCUCUGCAGAUCGCGCUCUUCGUCACUCCUUUCCUCGUCAUCCUCGGCUGGAUCAUGGGACAACCCAUGACUCUCCACUUCCAGGGCUUCGAGACUAUGAUCUUCUUCAUCUCCGUGUUGAUUGUCAACUACUUGAUCCAGGACGGAAAGAGCAACUAUCUCGAGGGCGCCAUGUGCAUUGGUAUCUACGCUAUCAUCGCGCUCGCGUUUUACAUCUACCCUGACAAUGCGGCUGGUGAUAUCACCGUCGAUGUUGUCAAGCGUUUCUUCGCUGUCAACUAA